AUGCACCGAGCACUAGCCGUCCCGGAGCUCCUUCGCAUGAUACUCGAUCACGCUGGCGGCGAACAACCAUACCUACCGGCGCUCCUCGCGUUCGCUCUUACGUGCCAUGCUUUUCUUGAACCCGCCCUGGAUAUCAUAUGGCACUUCCAGAACGGUCUGGGGCACCUGGUCGAGUGUCUACCUGAAGAAUUCUGGGAAGCCUCCGAGUCUGCGCAGGUACCGUUGAUAAUUAGAAAGCCUAACAAGCACACUACGCCUCAAGAUUGGGAGCGCUUUGACUUCUACGGUCAGCGUGUUCGAGAACUACAAUGCGGCCCGUCAAGCAGUCUUGGACAUGCGUCCCGGGCGAUAUCGGAUGACCUCUUUUUCUGGCUCGUUUCGUCAAGACCCCACUGCCCGUUGCUACCCGCCCUUCGCAAACUCCUCUGGACGGAGAACAGUACGGAUGGGUAUUUUGACUCUGCGCAUGUGUUCUUCGGGCAGCAGCUCUCUGCGCUGAAUAUUGACAAGUGCACGCCCAACUCAAAGUACUCCUCCGACGUCAUCACCCCGAUUCUCCUACACCUCACACAACGCUCACCAGACAUCCGAGAGCUCAGGAUUUGUAUCGUUGACGAUUCCAUGGAUGGUACUCAACCUGGCCCCUUUCCCGAUAAGGCCUUCGCGUCCUUGCAGAGGCUGGAGUCUCUCACGUUGAUUUCGGAAGUUCCCUUGUCGUUCAACAGCCUCGCGGACCUGGCAACACUUCCGCACCUCGCACAACUGCAUCUCGCUGCCGAUUCUAACCCCAUACUGUCGGCUGUCCCGAAUCACACUAACACAAGCCAUCUCACCUUCCCCUCUCUCUCGGAAUUGCUUCUGCAAUCCGUGUCCAUGGGCAGCUCCGCCGAAUUCCUAUCAGCAUGUCGCUUUCCCAACCUCAAGGUGGCAUCCAUCAGGUCGACCGGAGCGUCAGACCCGGCCACCGUCGACCGUACACUACAGCUACUCUGCGAGCGGUGCUCGCGGGGCGUGUUGGAGGAGUUCGAUGUGACCAGCGGCCAGGACGCCGAUGUCGAGGAGGAAGGUGCACAGGCCGUCACCAUGGAGUCGCUGAGGCGUCUCUGCGAUUUCCGCCGUCUCCGCAGCUUCAGCCUUCUGACGGAGAUGUGCAUCGUUCUCGAUGACGACGCCGUCAGGGAGUUGGCCGUGUCGUGGCCCCGAAUGGAGUACCUGGAAUUCUAUUCCACGGCCAUGCACCCCUGGGGGCAGCCGACGGCUACGACGCUUCAGGGUUUGGCGCACUUCGCCAGGUACUGUCCCUUGCUGGGGUCGCUCACGAUCGACGUGGAUACAUCGGACGCGGACGUCUCGCUCCACGAGAGGCCGGGCGGUGGCUACUGCAAUCGGGCCCUGCGAACCAUCGACUUCGGCCAGUCCCCUCUUUGGGAAGCCCUGCGAAGGUGGCGGCGUUCUUGUUCGCGAUCUUCCCGGACCUUGCGGAGGUCAACGAAGAGAACGAUACUCUGGUCGGCGAGUCGUGGCAACCCGUGCGAGAAACUUAUCAGGUUCUACGGCUCGCGCGUCACUGGCGGAAACAAGCGGGUGGAUGAAUAG